CGCGAAGAAAGAGGAAGGCAGCAAUCAGGGCAGCAAGCGUCAAGGCCAACUAUGACCGUCGAUGAAUUCCCAGUGUUGGAUCGAAAGCGAUACGCCAUGGAAGACAAUCCUGUAAUAGGCAUCGAUCUGGGGACCUCCUACUGCUGUGUGGCUGUGUUCCGCAACAUAGACGACAUCGAGAUCGCUCCAAAUCACCUCGGGCACAGGAUCACUCCUUCCUGCGUGGCAUUCACUCGUCAUAACGGCUGUCUGGUGGGGGAUGCUGCGAAGAGACACGGGAUGACGAAUCCCGAAGAGUGCAUAUUCGAGGUCAAGCGCCUAAUGGGGAGAUUUUUCAAUGACGCAACUGUCCAGCAGGACAAAAAGAAGUGGCCUUUCGGCGUGUCAUCAGGUCCUGCUGGCAAAGUUGUUCUAAGCGUUCCCAAGGCAUCAGGUAGGCAACGCUCGUUCAAACCUGAAGAGAUUUCUGCCUUGUUGCUGAAGGAGAUGAAGGAGAUCGCAGAGAAGUUCAGCAAUUGGGGGUCCAUUACGGAUGCCGUCAUCACUGUACCUGCGUACUUCAACCACCGUCAGAGAAAGGCGACUAUGGCCGCCGGGGUCAGCGCAGGAUUAAAUGUGCUGCGACUUAUGAGCGAACCCACGGCUGCCGCGCUGGCCUACGGUCAUCAACGGCUGAUACGGAGGGGGCGUGUGGAGAAAAACAUCCUGGUGUUCGACCUGGGCGGGGGAACCUUCGAUGUGUCCAUUGUCUCAGUGAAGGCCGGCCCAGAUGAGGACCGCAGCUUCGUGGUGAAGGCAGUGGUGGGAGACUCUCACCUGGGAGGCGCGGACAUAGACCAGCGGCUGCUUGAGCAUGCGAUGCAGCAUUUCAAGAAUCAACUUCACGGGAAGGAUUUCCUGGCCAACAAAAGGAUUCUGCCAAGACUUAACCAGGCCGUUGUGGAUGCCAAGCAUGCUCUGUCCGCUAAAGGAGUUACUAUGGCCGAUAUCAAUUUGGAGUACAGUGACGAUGUCCUCACCUUGAAACUGGGCCGCCUCAAGCUGGAGGCACUCAACGAGGACCUGUUCCGCAAGUGCAUGACCAUCGUUGAACAAGCUCUCAGUGAUGCCAAGAUGAGCAAGGAUGAGAUCUCUGACGUUGUCCUGGCGGGUGGAUCGACGAGGAUUCCAAAGGUGCAAGAGAUGCUGACGACAUUCUUUGGCGAGGCGCCCAUCAAGUUUGUCAAUCCUGACGAGGUGGUGGCGUUUGGAGCUGCAGUACAGGCCGGCUUGCUGGCCAGAAGCAACAAGUGCGCUGAGGCAAGCAUAUCAGUUCGGGAUGUGACGUCCGUGAGUUUCGGAGUGGACUCAAGGCUCGGCAUUAUGAAUAUCCUUGUCCCUAGAAACUCUCCCCUUCCAGCAGCAAGUGGAAGUACUGAGUUCCCGUUAGAUCACCACCAGUCAAUACCUGUCGAAUUGUAUGAGGGUGAACGUGCUCUCUGUGCACACAACCGGUGUCUCGGGAAGCUACAUGUGGAUCCUUUCACACCUGGUCCAGCAACAUUGAAGACUGUACUCCGAGUGGUGCUUACAAUUGAUGCUCACGGGAUUCUUCAUGCGACAGCGGAGGUGCUGGCAAGGCAUAAGGACAUUGGGAGAAAGGUCGAAACCAUGGUUACACUUGAUACGGAUGUUGUGCAGUCUUCAGCCGAUGGGACGGACACAAUGGACUGGUACACGGCAGAAGCAAAAGCUGAGGACGCCAGGAUCUGGGCAGCGAAGGAAUCCAUGAAGAAGCUGCGGCAUCUCAUUCUUAAAUUGCAAGCAGAGCAUUCGUCCAACAAGAGCGACACUGAUCUGGAGAAGCAUUUGAGGAAGGACUGGGAAUGGUACGAAGGGCUGAAGAAACUCGCGUCAAAGGAGGAGUUCGACAGGAGAUACGAUAAGCUGCAAAAGUAUCAAAGUCCUUAACCAGCUGACCUGAUUAUAAUUGGGAGGACGAGCUAACUUAAGGAACUUAAUGACCUGACAGCCAUCAACCUAUUGUCGUCACCCG